AUGCCUGUGCAGCUGAAUACUUCUUCUACUAUAUCCCACGUCAUUUCUAAUUCUUCGACGAAUACCGGCCAUCAACCGUCCGUAGAGCUCUGGCCCAUUAUUUCCCCCAUUGCAGCGCUGUUAGCCAACAGCGGCGUUAUCAUUCUGAUCAUGGGCAAAGAUAAAUUACAGACAACCUUUAACAUGUACAUCGUGGCGCUAGCACUGAGCAACAUCGCCUACGCCAUCAUCUACGGCACUCUGAGCAUAAUGAACUGGGGUUUCACCGGCCAGAGCUGGACAUUGGGCGUGGCGGCCUGCACUGCCAGAAUUUAUAGGGACUAUGCUCUAGGCGCGGUCACCGUGCAUCUGCAUCUGCUGGUUAGUCUCACUCGCGCGUGGGCUUUGUUCGGACCGAUGUCCUAUCGCAGCCACCACACGAUCCGCUUGGCGGUGGCGUUCUGCAUUGGCGCAGUGGUUUAUGUGCAUAUUCCGCUGUUGCCGGGCAUCAUACUCGACGCUAUGUAUUAUCGCCUCCCCGCGAAAUACGGCUGCUGGAUCAACACUGCCCCGCAGCCGGUGUGGGCCACUUUUACUACCGUGGUGAUCUUCGUUCUACCCAAGCUCCUCAUUCCUACCUGCUACCCGGUGCUGCUUUGGAAGACAGUGCAGAGAAGAAGAAUUGCGGCCGUUUUGCGCGGGAGGGGAAACGACAGUCCACCGCAGUCGUCGACGCCGUCUAACGCGCGAGUUGAAAAGGAGGGCAACGCGUCACGGCCGUUCAUCGUCCUGACCCUGUUCACCAUUGGUGUUCUGGUGUGUUGGAUUCCCUCGCUGAUUUUCUACAUUCUCGCUUACUUUAUUCCACCCACCGAGAUGCCCACAUUUUCUGAGGUUGUCGGGGUCCUGUAUUCGCUACAGGCGAUCCUGGAUCCGAUAUUCUUCUGCCUGAGCGUCAGGGAUUUGUGGUCUGGUCUUUGUUUAAUGUGGAGUCGGUGCAUACGAAGUCACAGCGAGGAGCCUGCGCGGAUGCCCAAGCCGCCAACCUGA